CCCGGAGCCAAGUACACCGGACGCGGCUGCCCAGGAGGUCUUUAUGGCCUUCAUCCCACCCAACCCUGCUUUUUGCUUUUUUCCCCGCUUUCUCACUUUUCCUUGUUAACAACAUAGUGGCGGGGCGCUUGGCAAGGAAAAACAGACUAAAAAGAGAAAAAGGGAGAAAAAAAGAACAAAUUCGAUGCACCCGCCUCGGCCCUCCGGAGUUUGUGAAGGGUCGUAACCAUGUCUGAAUCGGGGGAGAUAAGUGAAUUUGGCUACAUCAUGGAAUUGCUAGCCAGAGGCAAGGUUACCAUCAGGAAUAUCGAAAGAGAGCUCAUUUGCCCAGCAUGCAAGGAGCUGUUUACCCACCCGUUGAUUCUUCCUUGUCAACACAGUAUCUGUCAUAAAUGUGUAAAAGAACUCUUACUGACAGUUGAUGAUUCAUUCAAUGACGUGGGAUCAGAUAACUCCAAUCAGAGCAGUCCUCGGCUGCGGCUCCCCUCCCCCAGCGUGGAUAAAAUUGACAGAAUUAGCAGACCAGGCUGGAAGCGCAAUUCAUUGACCCCUAGGACGACUACUUUUCCUUGCCCUGGCUGUGAGCAUGACGUGGAUCUUGGAGAACGAGGAAUCAGCGGUCUGUUUCGAAAUUUCACUUUGGAAACUAUUGUUGAAAGAUACCGGCAGGCAGCCAGGGCGGCCACAGCCAUUAUGUGUGACCUGUGUAAACCACCACCUCAAGAAUCCACAAAAAGUUGCCUGGACUGUAGUGCAAGCUACUGCAAUGAAUGCUUUAAAAUUUAUCAUCCUUGGGGUACUGUAAAAGCUCAGCAUGAGUAUGUGGGCCCAACCACUAAUUUUAGACCCAAGAUUUUAAUGUGCCCAGAACAUGAAACAGAGAGAAUCAACAUGUACUGUGAAUUAUGUAGGAGGCCAGUUUGUCAUCUCUGUAAGUUGGGUGGUAAUCAUUCCAAUCACCGUGUGACUACCAUGAGCAGUGCCUACAAAACCUUAAAGGAAAAACUUUCAAAGGAUAUUGAUUACCUUAUUGGCAAGGAGAGCCAGGUGAAGAGUCAAAUUUCUGAACUAAACUUGUUAAUGAAAGAAACAGAGUGUAACGGAGAGAGGGCUAAAGAAGAAGCAAUUACACAUUUUGAAAAGCUCUUUGAAGUUCUGGAAGAGAGGAAAUCAUCUGUUUUGAAGGCAAUUGAUGCUUCUAAGAAGCUAAGAUUAGACAAAUUUCAGACUCAAAUGGAAGAAUACCAGGGGCUUCUUGAGAACAGUGGCCUUGUGGGAUAUGCUCAAGAAGUGCUUAAGGAGACAGAUCAGUCUUGCUUUGUGCAGACAGCAAAGCAACUCCACCUCAGAAUUCAGAAGGCUACAGAAUCUUUGAAGAGCUUUAGACCUGCGGCUCAGACUUCUUUUGAAGACUAUGUUGUUAAUACAUCUAAACAAACAGAACUUCUUGGAGAAUUGUCCUUUUUCUCUAGUGGCGUAGAUGUGCCAGAGAUCAAUGAGGAAGAGAGCAGAGUUUAUAACAAUGCUUUGAUAAGUUGGCACCAUCCAGAAAAGGAUAAAGCUGAUAGCUAUGUCCUUGAAUAUCGGAAGAUUAACAGAGAUGAAGAAAUGUUGUCUUGGAAUGAGACAGAAGUGUGUGGCACAAGUAAAAUGAUUUCAGAGCUUGAUAACAACUGCAACUAUGCUUUCAGAGUAAGAGCCUACAAGGGUUCCAUCUGUAGUCCUUGCAGCAGAGAAUUGAUUCUUCAUACUCCUCCAGCCCCAGUUUUCAGUUUCCUCUUUGAUGAAAAAUGUGGCUAUAAUAAUGAGCACCUCUUGCUGAACCUGAAGAGAGACCGUGUGGAGAGCAGAGCUGGGUUUAACCUUCUGCUGUCUGCAGACCGUAUCCAAGUGGGUUACUACACAAGCCUAGACUACAUCAUUGGAGACACUGGAAUUACAAAAGGGAAACACUUCUGGGCCUUCCGUGUGGAACCGUAUUCAUACCUGGUAAAGGUGGGAGUUGCUUCCAGUGAUAAACUACAAGAAUGGCUCCGUUCUCCCCGAGAUGCUGUUAGUCCAAGAUACGAGCAAGACAGUGGGCAUGACAGCGGAAGCGAAGAUGCCAGUUUUGAUUCUUCGCAGCCCUUUACACUGGUUACCAUAGGCAUGAAGAAAUUUUUUAUACCUAAGUCACCUACUUCUUCUAAUGAACCUGAAAAUAGAGUUCUUCCCAUGCCAACAACUAUAGGGAUUUUCCUUGACUAUGAUAAAGGCAAAGUGGGCUUCUAUGACAUGGAUCACAUGAAAUGCCUUUAUGAGCGCCAAGUGGACUGUUCGCAUACGAUGUAUCCAGCAUUUGCGUUAAUGGGCAGUGGAGGAAUUCAACUUGAAGAACCCAUCACAGCAAAAUAUCUAGAAUACCAAAAGGACAUGUAGUUUAAGCAUCUGAUGUGACUUAGGAUGAAGAAUGUGAACAAAAUAAUGCCUUGGUGUUAAUCUUUGUAACUAAUUACAUAUCAUCCAAGUAUUCUGUUGCCAGUCUUGUUUUUUGCGUGUUUCUUCGUAAAACAUGGAAACCUAAACAGCCUUGCCUCUUCCAUGUCAUUGUUCUGCCUUUCAUACCCGGCAGGAAAAAGACACUUUCCCAGUUAACACUGAAAUAGUUAACUUUGCAACUGGAUUGUCUUUCUCUUUUCAUGAACAGGAAAUCUAAUUUAUUUAUGUCAGCUGGUGUUGCUGGUGCUUACAUUCCUUUGUUCUGGGGGGAGGGAUACAAAAGUAUUUAUUAUGCUUCUUUUGUGUUUGGUUUUUCAUUUUUAUAUCAUGUUUAUGUCCUAAGAGAAGAUAUUUUUUAAAUGCCUUAUGGAUAGAAAUUAGUACUAAGCAUUGUGUCUUGCAUUCAUUUUUAAUAGGAAAACAAAGAUAUAGACAGGUAAAAAGAAAAAGGCCAUAGAAAUGGUAGUAUAUUUAAAUGGAAACAUUAUGUAUUUUCAUGUGUGUAGCUAAUAGUAAGAGUAUAUCGCCUGGAAAAUGAAUACUGCUUUUUUUUUUUUUAAGACCACAAAUUGUCUUCUUAAGGACAUUUUUAGAAGUUCCCUUAGCUGUGAUGCCCAUACCUGCAUGUGUAGUAAACGUGGUUUCUUGCAGGAAACACUAAAUUCUCAGCUAACACAUGAAGCUUUUCACUUCAUAUGAUUUUUUUCAGAAAACGUUUUAUUCUUAGUUACUCUGUGAGAAUGUUUGAGCUUAUAUCAAAUAAUUACUUUCAUAGAUAUUAGUGAAGAUACACUGACAUCUGUCAGACUUGUUCUUUUGCUCUCUCAUUGUGUCUUGUGAUUUUCAUUUUUUGACCCACGUAUUACAGAUCAGAUUGUCCUGGUUAAGGUUUACAUGUUUGAAAAGUUCAUGAUAUAUUUUUAAUGUCAUUAAAUAUAUUAUAAAAUGCAGAGUAACUAACUGGUCAGUUGUCCAGCAUUUUCUAUUGCUUCUUGUUUGGUAAUAAGCGUUGGUAAUAUAAGCAAGUAAAUACGCAAAUUUAACUGUUUAGGAAUAAUUAAUAAAAUGUAAUGACUGUAUGUAUCCUUGUAAAAGUUAAAAGUUUUUUUUAAUUUGAAGAAAUACAUUUUAUCUAAAUUUUAUGUUCAUUUUUAAAAGGUGUUCUUUCUUGGGUGAUUUUAUUUAAACUGCUUAUUUUUUUUUAAGUUAAAAUGUUUGGAAACUAGACUGUUAUGCCUUUUAAGCACUAAUCAUUUUGGAAUGCUUUUCACGUAUUUUAAUAGACUAACAAAACUCUUAGGAGUUUUUGUUAUUAUAUAUUUUUUAAAAUGGAAAUCUGUUAUUCAGGCUGGUAGCACUAAAUUAGCUUUUCCCCCAACCCAAGUAGAAAAUAUCAUGGAGAAUUUCUUGUUUAGUAGGCUUUGUUACUUUCCCACCUGUGGGAGUAGCACUUUAUGACAGAGGCUGAACUAAACAAAUACGCAGUGUUAUGUGGAUCAUUGUGCAAUAAAGCUGCUGAAG